AUGGCACCUUUGCUUGGCACAGAUGGCAAUUGGGAUGGAGGUGCUGCAUGCUCAUCUCGCAAAUCCGAAAUAUCAGUGCCUCAUCUCAAGAGUAUUCUCUAUGUUGAUGCAUACGACUCGUUCUCUUACAAUGUCGUUGCGAUGCUUGAGGAGACGCUCAACGUCAAAGUCACUGUGAUGACUAUCGACUCCGAGUGGCCUGAUGGAAACAUGCACGAAUUCCUGCGCCAUUAUGAAGCCAUCGUUCUCGGGCCGGGACCUGGAAACCCCAACGAUCCCAAAGAUGUCGGCAUCAUGAAAGAUAUCUGGAAUUUGCAGGAUACCGAACUGCUUCCGGUUUUCGGGAUCUGCCUCGGGUUUCAGAGUUUGUGCUUACAUCACGGCAUCCCCAUUGAAAGACUGCCGUAUCCCAUACAUGGGCAAGUUCAUCACAUCGCUACGGAGGCCAAGGACAUAUUUGAAAAUGUUCCAUCUCUCGAAGUGACACUCUAUCAUUCCCUCUACGCCAAUCUUGAUGAGACGAUUGAUUCGCAAAAUUCCGCAAUCAGUGACCUAGACUUUCUGGCAUCUUUGACUCUGGAAGGCGGCGCCACUUCAACCACCCGGAUUCCAAUGGCCGUCCGACAUUGGCAGAAGCCGUUCUGGGGUGUUCAGUUCCACCCUGAAUCGUGCAAGUCAGAAAAGGAAGCAUGUAAGAUACUACUACGAAAUUGGUGGCAGCUGGCUCUCAAAUACAACAAAGUAUCUGGCCGCGGUGGUUAUAGCCAGCUACCCACCGCAAUCAUCAGCCCUUGUGAAGAUACCACGCCUUUUCCUAACAUCGCCUACGACAUGUUGAACUGGAGCUCCGCUACGUCUGGAUCUUCCACCCAUCGAGUAUUUGCCAGGGACUCUUUGAGCACCGAGACCAUCAGCAACCUAUUCAACGCACCAGGAUCUCCCACGGUCCUAUUUCAAUCUAAUGGCCAAUAUAGCAUUAUCUCCGUCCCGAGCCCUGGAUCUUGGCGAUUGGAAUAUUGGGCCAACACGCAAAAUAUCAAGAUGUACCAAUUACACGGCGAAGAAAAGAUCAUAGAGAAGCGUAUAUCUGUUGAUCAGCUAUGGGACGCUUUGCGCUACUUGAUGGAAAUGAAGAAGGUCGACUCUGGAAGUUCCCAGAUCCCCUUUUGGGGUGGCUUCCUAGGAUACUUCUCCUACGAACUUGGCCUGGCAUGCCUUCCUCAUUCCCAUGGAUCGCUACCCAUACCUACGGCUUCGGGUAAUGCAAAUGGCAAUGCUCCGGAGGGUCUCCCAGAUGUCAGUCUGCUAUGGUGUGAGCGAAGCAUUGUGAUUGAUAACACUACCGGGGAUGUUGUGAUUCAAUCAACCAUCGAAUCGGAUCAUUUGCCUCUAGGCUGGCUUGAUGAAACUUUACAGCUCCUGCAAGAGCGCUCCCGUGGCCCAAAAGACAGCCAAGGCGAUGAUGUUGCUUUUCUGGACCCUAUCCUUCGUGAGGGCAUUCACUUAACUCCAGAUGAGUCGGCGUACAAGCAGAAAAUUGCAGCUUGUCAGGCACAGCUGGAAGCUGGUGAAUCAUAUGAGCUUUGUCUUACGGGCGAGACAUCGAUCUCCCUUCCCAUCCCAACCCAAGAGAGCGAUCGACUCGAAUUCCCAUGGAAACUGUAUAAGAAGCUAAGAAAGUACAAUCCGGCUGCAUUCAGUGCUUUCGGCGACCUUGGAAAUACAAAGAUUGUCAGCAGCAGCCCGGAGUGCUUCCUCAAUUGGGACCGCACCUCCAUGCUGGAAAUGAAGCCAAUGAAAGGAACAGUGAGAAAAUCACCCUCAAUGACUUUCGAGAAGGCCAAGGCAAUCCUGGGCUCGUCGAAGGAAAUGGCCGAGAAUCUGAUGAUCGCCGAUCUAAUCCGGCACGACUUGUAUGGUAUCUGUGGCUCUGGCGGCGUUCACGUUGAGAAGCUUCUCGAGGUGGAAGACCAUGGCCGAGUCUACCAAAUGAUCACCCACGUCAAGGGCGAAGUCAAGCCUGAAAAGCUGGGAUGUUCUGUCCGCCACAUGCCACAACUCAAAACCUCGAAUAUGGCUGUCCACGGUCUUACUGCUCUGCAACGAUGCCUACCUCCUGGGUCCAUGACGGGUGCACCAAAAGAACGCUCUUGCAUGCACCUUCAAACCAUCGAAGCGCGCAAGCGCGGAAUCUACUCUGGCGUCAUGGGAUAUCUUGAUUUGGGUGGUGGUGGAAGCUUCUCAGUCCUGAUCCGUACUGCUUUCACCUCCAACUCGGCAAAUUCUCCGGGUCGACAAGUCUGGCGAAUUGGCGCCGGUGGCGCUAUCACUACUCUCAGCACCGCCGAGGGCGAGUGGCAGGAAAUGCUGACCAAACUGAACACUGUUCAAAACGUCUUCAGGCCAUCCAAUACUGCCUGA